CCGCCCUCGAAGGCUGCUCCGGAUCAUCAUGGCGCCGCUGCUGCUGUGGCUGGCCGCCGCGCUCCUGCUCUUCUAUCUGGGCUUCGUGCGGCGCCGCCCCGGGAUCCCCCGCGCCGCCUUCCACCGCAGGGAGCCGGGCCGGGCCGGGGCCAGCAGCCACCAGCCCCCGCGAGGAUGGGCUCCCCGGCUGUCCGGUUUCCCGCUGCGCCUCUUUGUGCAUGUGGCUAACACGGCUUUCGGGCAGUUUUGUAUUAUGCCGCUUUUAUUGAGGAUGAAUAACUUCACUCUCAUGCACUAUCUUGAUAUCCAUGAAGACCCCACGUUUAUUCCAGAGGUUGCUGCUGAGGGAAGAAAGGAAAAGCCUGAGACUAAAAACACAUUGGAGAUUCUCAAGCAGUUGAUGGAGACCAGGUCUCAUCAUGCCAGCACUGGGUUCAGUUUCAAAGGGAUCCAGGACUAUCUGAACUGCUACCGGACUGGGGAGUUGACACCCUUACAGGUUGCUCAGAAUAUUAUCUCCUCGCUGGAGGACUGUGAGAAAUCCAGCCCCCCUCUCCGAGCAAUCGUGCAGUGGGACCGGGUGCAGAUACAGAAGAUGGCUGAAGCCUCCACUACUCGUUACAGGAAUAAAUGCCCCCUUUCUCUUCUGGAUGGAAUCCCAGUCUGCUUGAAAGAAGAGAUUAAAGUUGUGCCUUAUCACUCCCGAGCGGGAACAGUAUACCUUGGGACAGAGCCAGAAACUGAAGAUGCUACAGUGACCAGGAAGCUGCGGGAGGCUGGAGCAAUCAUUAUUGGGGUCUCAAACAUGCAUGAGCUAGGGACUGGAACCACUGGCUGUAACCCCAACAGAUUCCAUGGCACUGCUAGGAACCCAUACAACCCCCAGCAUUUCACUGGGGGCAGCUCCAGUGGAUCGGCUGCUGCUGUGGCGGCAGGUCUUUGCCCAUUGGCUCUUGGCACUGACGGAGGCGGCUCUGUGAGGAUUCCUGCUUCUUUCUGUGGUGUCGUGGGUUUGAAAGGUACAUUUGGGCUCAUCAGUUGUCAUGGCUGCCUUCCACUCUCCUACUCGACCGUCAGCCUUGGCCCUAUUUGUACAUCAGUGACAGAUGCAGCCAUUGCGUACAGCAUCCUAGCUGAGCCAGAUCCACUGUACCCAUAUGGACUACAGCAGCCAAAACCAUCCCUGUCUGAAAUCCUCACUCCUGACCUCAAGGGCUUAAAAUUGGGUGUGAACUGGACUUUUUUUAAGGCUUGUGAUGCAGAGAUUUUGGCAGUCUGCCAAAAAGCUGUAGAGCACCUGCAGGCUUUAGGUGCCUCUGUGAUGGACGUGUCCCUGCCGGAGAUGGAGGAGGUGCGGGUGGCGCAUGUGAUCUGCAUUCUCAGCGAGAUGAUGGAUUUCCUGCAGCCUGACUUGAACACCCACUUCCAGCAAAUGAAUCUGGAGACACGGCUCAACCUUACUGUGGCUUCCCAGUUCACAGCUCUGGAUUAUAUUAAGGCAAAUCGGCAGAGGACUCGGAGCAUGAGUUUUUUGCGAGAGAUCUUUGCCAACGUGAACUGUAUCCUCACCCCAGCCACCGCUUGCACUGCCCCAAGAAUCCAGGACUCUGACCUCUUGACAGGGAGCAACGAUAUCCUAACAACACUAAAUAGCAUGAGAUACAUGCAGCUUGGAAACUUCACAGGCAUCCCGGGUCUGGUGGUGCCAGUCGGGUACACAGCCACUGGGCUUCCCAUCAGCUUUCAGGUCAUGGCAAAGUGGUGGGACGAGGCCAUUCUUUUCCGGGUUGGCCUGAAGCUGGAGGAGUUCCGUGGCACGACCAGGAAGCCAGCCAUUUAUUACGAUGUCCUCGCAUGACGGGAGUCCCAGAAAGGAGAUGCUGUGAUUGUUCCGGUCUGAUCCCACUGAGCAUUACUGGAGAAAGGAGUUACUGCUUUUAACAUUGAUCUCAACGAGGGGUGGCGGCAGCAGCAGGGCUGUUUACAUAGUGGAAUAGUAGUUUGUUCUAGGAUAUUUAUUCCCAUCCAGGGUCAAUGCUGCCCUCAGGUGCAGGGGCUGUAAAAGGAUAGCAGUCUAUGCAUGGAUGUGGGGCUAAUGGGUGGGUGCAGAAACACACUUUAUUUUUGUAGUUAGGUUCAGUUCGAGGUGUUACAUGGAUAGGACCAGACAGGAAUGCUCUCAGAACAACUGCCUAUACGUGGGCUGUGCUAGUAAAAAUCAGCUAUGGGUGUUCAGCUCCCCCAGCCUUCCAUGGGAGGUGGGAGGACAUCCCUGGCACAAUGCAGCCCAUAGUCCUCAAGUAAAUCCUUUUGCCCUAAUUACACUCUAGAAAAGGGGAAUGAAACACUGCACUUUCCUGGGUGUUGUGUUUUUCUGUUUUGUUUGGGCAGGGGAGGCAGUAUCCUUGCUGCAGCAGGAGAGUUUUUCCACUCAGGAUAAUUUUAAUAGGAUCUGACUGCUCCUGGAGCCAAGUAGGUGGUGUAUAUAAAAUGUUGUCAUAGGACCAGUCUCUCUUGCAGUGUAGGUGAUAACUAGAGAAACUAAGCAAAACUCUGCAGGAACAUAGGAAAAUGAAGUCUUUUAAAGCUGCAUUUAGAUUUCUCCUUCCUCCUCACCUCUGCUGGCAGCAU